ACGACUAGGACUACGACUCCAAAGGAUUCCUAGGACCACCACGAGCUACGACCAACAACCACCAGGGGGGAUCCACCUAUCCGUCUUCGACGCCCGCUUGGGAUAGAUAAAUUCAGGGGAAAAUCAUGGCGAAAACUUCUGCGGCCUCAAAAUCCAAAACCAAGGCUAAAACCACAUGGCCUGGGUCCUCCACCACCUCCAAAUCCGUAUCGUCAACGAGUAAAGUCUCCACAACGACUAAAGCCUCUUCAACAACAAAAGGCCCUUCGAAACUCCCCAAUGGCGCCCCCUCCCAACUCAACCAGUCGAGUCGCAAGGGGAAGAAAGCGUGGAGGAAGAAUGUGGAUAUUCAGGAUGUUGAACGGGGGUUGGAGGAGAUGAGGGGGGAGGAGAGGGUUGUUGGAACUGCUCUCCAAAACCUCAAAGACAGCGAUCUAUUCGAGAUUGAUGUCAAGGGCGACGACAAAAUUCGACCCUAUCUACCAAAAUUCAACGCCUCCCAGCUAACCUCUGCCAAAAUCCUCGCACAGCGAUCCGCCGUGCCAGCCGUAUUCUCUCGCCCAGAAAAACGCAAAGCACCGCUUACCCGCGAAGAAAAAGAGCGCUUGAUGCGAAUCGCCAAACGACCAAGAAAAGGACCGUUCAACAGCGUCCAAGACACCUCCGAAUUGAAAUCUGGAGAGGGAGUCGUAGGGCUGAGCGAGGCUGUUAAACAGAGUGGGACGUAUGAUCCUUGGGCUGAGGAUGCCAAGGGUGAAGAGGAAGAGAAGGAGGAAGAGGUGGAACUGGGGUUGGAGGCUGUGAAGAAGAAGAAAGUCAAGCCUCCAGUCCUUCCACAACCCCGCGCCCAAAUCGAAGUCCCAGCCGUAGCAGAACCCCACCAAGGAACAUCCUACAACCCGCCAGUCGAAGCACACCAGGAGCUCCUCCUCCAAGCACACGAAGCCGAAGCGAAACGCGUGGCCGAGCUCGAAAAGAUGGCGGAGACGAAGAGGAAGAUGGAGGGGGCGUUGAGGGAGGUUGAUCCUGAGGAGGAGGAUAUGAGUGUGCCGCCGGGGAUGAAGGUGGAUUUGCCUGGGGAAGGGGAUGAUGGUAAAGAUGACGAGGAGGGAGGAGAGGGAGAGGGAGAGGGAGAGGAGGUACCCGUAGCACCGAAGAAACAACCCAAGAUGAAGACCAAGGCUGAUAAGAACAGGGCAGCGCGUGUAGCCGCAGAGCAACGCGCCCUCGCCGAACGCCUCGCCAAGAAAAAACUCCUCGCCUCGAUCGAACAAGCCCGCCACCUCCGCAAAACAACCGCCAAACUCGCGCUCGAGCGCGAACAGCGCCGCUUACAAAAACGGCUCGCUUUUCAGGAGAAGAUCAAGAAAGCUGGACUUGCUGGACAGAGGUUGGGGAAACAUAAGGUGCCGGAGGGCGAGGUGGAUGUACAGUUGGGAGAGGAUUUGAGUGAGAGUUUGAGGCAGUUGAAGCCUGAAGGCAAUCUCUUCCGCGAUCGAUUCCAGAGUUUGCAACAGCGUGCUUUGGUGGAGCCUCGGAAUCUCGUGCUGUAA